CAGACUCAAACGCGCGCAAGUACCGGGUGCCGGCUCAAUUGGAAAUUUACGCCUUGCAACUUUUGGAUAACCCACUCACUCAUCGGGACGAAACGUUGAUCACCACCUUGUCAAGAGAAUGGACCACAAAAUAAAGCCUAAAUCAGCACUCUCGUACGUUGCGGAAGAACUUUGGGUUUACGUUUUAGGUUUCCUUUCUUGCAGAGACAUUCUUCGUUGCACAUCCGUAUGUAAGGCCCUUCACCAGAUAUACAUGUCCUCUUCAGAGCUCCAGUACAUCGUCGAACUCAGCGGCCAAUGCUUGCUCCCCGGCAUCUCCAGCACGGACGACCGUACCCCUAUUUCCAAGCGCUUACAACGCUUGAGGGAUGAAGCCCACGCAUGGCUCAAGUUUGAUGCCUAUUCUUUCCAAACAGUUACGCCACCAAUCCCAUUUGGCAUGAUUCUCCAAUACUGCACCGGUGAACAUAUGUACGUGUGGAAUCGCCAUAACAACUUGAUCACCAUCAUCCCCAUACCAUCCAAACUCUCACAACGAACAAUCGAACACCGCUGGUCACCCGGAACGUUAUGUCCAUUUCCUAGUGCAGCGAGGUGGAAUGGAUUGAUGGACCCGGCACAAAAUCUGUUGGCCGUCAGGUAUACUGUUGGCAAGAUAACCUACAUUUACCUAGCAACUCUGGAUAACGGUUGCGUCCACCCUCACGCUGCUGGACCAGCACUAGUUCUGGAGUUGCCCGGACACUACUAUGAGAGAGAAGCGAAGUUCAAGUGUUAUGAGAGGCAUAUAGCUUUAUGGCGCAAAUUUUGCACCGAUAAAGUUGGGACUUCAUUGCCUUUGAAAACGUGGCAGCUGCAAAUUUGGGACUGGCAGCACUCGACAACGUCGAGCAGCGUCCUCGAUGGCAGCAUGCAAACUCUUGGGUCAUCUCCCAUUGACAUUCCCACUAGUUUUUUUUCCCUCGGAAACGACAGGUUGCUCGUCGUCGCCGAUCAUUUGAAGCUGUAUUCGAUUAAGGAUGUGCCCGAGACGCCACGAUUACUGGCAUGUUUCCUGUUGUUUUCCCCGUUGAUGGAGAUAUAAUACUUCCCUCCGGAUGCGCAUGGCUCACAGCUGCAGACACA